AUGACAACGUCAGUCCACUGCGAUCGGCCGUGGCUCCAGUCUGGAGGUAACCUUCUGUAUAACACGGUAACCAACAUUUUGCAGGGAUCAGAUUUUGUAUACAUUGACUGGAUACAUGUUCGCUCUUGUCCCCGCGCCUCGAAACUUCUUUCGUUCUUCCACAACCUCAUCCUCUCAUGUCCAAAGGUGCUGCCUCCGGAAAUCUUACUUCCGAUCGUCACAAGCCUUCCUGGUCUUGACACGCUUUGGGAUUUGAUGAGACCAUCCCCCAAUGUCUGGCGUCGCUUCAACGAGAAUGCACUUUCCAUUGUCGAAAGCAUCCUCUCUAGCCCCAACGCGAUACUACCGCCUGUGGCUGCAGAAGUGGUGCGCUCCGUUAUAAUUGCGCGCUCAACGGCACUCCCUUUUCGGAAUCUACACGAGUUCCAGCGCCAAUUCUUAUUCAGAUUAUUUCCCUGUUUUCCAUCGCGCGGUCAAAGCAAGGAUAACUUGAUCAACAUUGAACCUGGAGUUUUGUCAGCUGCAGCACCAUGUGUGUCGGUUCUUCGAUCCACAGUUGCAACAGCCUACCAGAUAUCUGCCCUUUCGCAAGCAUGCUUGUCAUCUUAUCUUGAAAGACUGAGAGAUCCAAGCUUCAAGCCGAUGCACUACCUCGAUCCCAAUCUCAAUUACACCCAUUCCUACCUGUCUAGCCACGAAUGGGUCGCGCCGUGGGAUCGUGUGUUCGAAGGCACACCUACCAAGCUUGUAGGAGAGGUGCGGAAGCAAGAUACAAUUUGCACAGGAGACGGAAAGGCUGAUUAUAUCGUCCAGUACGAUGGCGGCGCUGCUCGAGGCUACCGUGACAAUGGAAAGAUCCCUGUUAGCGAGGGACGCAAGUGGAAUGAUGUGGGUACUAUUGCAGGUGGUGUCAGUCCCCAAGGCCCUGUUCAUUAUGCCGAUAUCAAUGGUGAUAGGAAGGCUGAUUGCCUUGUUGUUUUCGAUGGAGGAGCCAUCAAUGCAUACAUGAACAACCACGAUUGGGCACCGAAGCUACCAGAGAAGCCGGGUCAGCCUGUUCCUACCGAACCUGGCGAAGGCAGCGGCGGCGGAGGAGGAGGAGGAGGCCUCAUCAGAUGCAUUGGUGGAGGAUGCCUAGAACUAGGAGGGAACUGUGUCGGUGCUGGGUGCGAGAAGGAUAAGGACAAAGACGAUGACGAAGAAGAAGAUGAGGACUGCGCGACAGAGACCAACACCGCAUGCCAUCAAGUCUGUACCACAAAGCCCUGCGUUACUGUUUGCAACACAUAUCUUGGCUGCGACUGCACAACAUCUCGUGUAACAAACGAUUGGGUAUCAUGCCAAUCUUUACCGUGCACGACAACCUCGUCCGAAGUCAUCACCGGCUGCUUCCUUACUGCAACUGCUACAACAAGAGAGGCUUCCUGUCCGCUCAUUACCCUUGAUCACGAGAAUGAUCUGUUCGGUGACGACAGCGACGUCUUUGGCAACUUGGGCAAGACCUCGAAGACGACCUCUUCCGCUACCGUCAUCGUCAGCAAAACAGCGUGUUCUGUCAAUGACGGCUAUGUGACUGUCGAAAAAACUGCGUAUCCCAUUCCUGAUGUCGAUUCAGCAACCAAGACCACAAUGCGAGGGACUUCAGCCAUAAUUCUCCCGUCCCAAGUCGGCACGACCAUCUCCAUCACGAACAAAGAUUUCCCAGUCGAUACUACUUCGUACCCGAAAGCUACGACAACAGUGGGCGAGUCAACAUCAACAUCCGAGGAACCAUCACCAACUACGAUGGUAUAUCCAACCAACACGCUCAUCAACCAAGAUGACGGAGAGGCUUACUGCUUCGACAAAGGGCCCGGCUAUGAAGAGUUCACUGAGGAGGACACACAACGCGUCAUUGGGUCAUUCUGUGACUCUAGUUAUACUCUUAAUCCCAACAACGAUUUUGGCCAUAACUCGGCGCUCGAGAAUUAUGGCUACACUGUCAUUGUACCAGCCAAAUGA